ACUUUGUCUCGCUUGUCGUUCUCAACCAUCUCACACACAUCCCACUGCUUCAGACACUUCAAAAACUUUCUCUUCCUUUCCCUUGCGCUGCUACGAACAGCAAUAGACAUCUCUUUGGGCUCUCCUCUCUUCAAUCUUAGCCAUCACAAAAACACCCGCCAAAAUGCCAAAGGUCAAAUACGUUCUCCUUGACUGUGAUAACACCCUCGUCCUCUCUGAGCGUCUAGCCUUCGAAGCCUGCUCCGAUCUCACCAAUGAGCUGCUCGAGCAGUACAAUGUCCCCGAGCGGUACACCGUCGAUUCCCUCCUUGAAGAUUUCGUCGGUCAGAACUUCCGUGGAAUGUUGAUCGGCCUCCAAAAGAAGCACAACUUCCAGAUGCCACAAGAACAACUCGAGGAGUACGUCAGUCGUGAACUCGGAGAAGUCAUCAAGAAGCUCAAGGCCAAAGCCACUCCAUGCCCAGGUGCUCCAGAGCAGUUGGAACGUUUGAAGAAGGCCGGCUACCCCAUGUCUGUCGUGAGCACCUCUGCCAAACCACGUGUUGUCGCCUCUUUGGAGAAGACCGGCAUCGACCACUAUUUCCCAAAUGAACACGUCUACAGCGCCGCCACCUCCCUCAAUCCACCAUCCAGCAAGCCUGACCCCAAGAUCUACCUGUACGCCUGCGAGCAGCUGGGUGUCAAGCCUUCUGAGUGUAUCACUGUCGAGGACAGCAAGAGUGGUGCCACUGCUGCCAUGCGUGCUGGUAUCCCCUUGAUCGCUUACGUUGGCGUCUACGGUGUCGAGGAAGGUAAAGAGAAGAUGGAACAGAUGGCCAAGCUUCUUACCGAACAAUGCAAUGCGGCUGCCGUCAUGUAUCACUGGGAUGAGUUCCCAGAGAUCCUCAAGAAGCUGGAGGCCAUGUAAACGGCAGGCAAGUCAAGACACAAGACAUGAUGUGGUCAUGAGAGAUGACAUGAUUCCGGAAUGAUCCUACACGAAAAGCGGAGCGCCCCUCCAAGAUGAGCAAGAAUUGAAACAGUCCUUUUCCAAGGCAUGAUGUCGAUGCCAAAGAGCUAGAGUUCAGAAUCUUCUUUACGAAGAAUCGAUGACAUUGAGAAUAGACGAUUUUCUACCGA